CUCGCGUUAACUCCAGACCAUCAUCCGCUAUGAUCCCGCUAAUGGUAUUUAAGAGUCUAGCAGCCCCCCGGCCGUUAGAGUCGUUCCUUAUUCUCGUCUUCAAUCACGUCCCCCUACCAGCCACGACCUUGCUAAGUCUUUCAGAGUCGAAACGAAACUGAUUUUUAUGAUGGCCUCGUAUUGGUCCGAAGAAGGCGGCAUCGCUACUACGAGGAUCCGGAAUCUGAAAGCGUGCGAUAUCUGCAGGAAAAAGAAAGUUCGAUGUGACAGGUCUUCAAGUUCUUUUCCUGGUAAAUCAUGCACUCGCUGCAAGAAAGGAAAUUUGCAGUGCACCUAUGUCGGCCAAGUAGAGGGUGCAUCAUCUAUGCUCCCUAGAUACAUCAAUCAGUUGGAGAGUAAGGCCGAAGCAAUGGAACAGCUUCUGCGUAAGAUACUUCCACCUGAAACGGACUUGGACAAGGAACUCGAGGAGGGGGACCCUCGUUCCAGCGUCAUAACGGAACUCCUGCAAUCUUAUAGCAGGGAUGUCAGUGACUCCGAUGCCCCCUCCUUAUCGGAUGAGAGCGAUAUUGAUGCAGCUCUAGAAAGCAAUCUGGAGCGAUUUCAAGGAUACGUUCUAGGAUACAGGUUCCAUGGCAAGUCCAGCAGUGCCCAUCUAGUACAGACUGCUCUUGAUUGCAAACUAUGGCGCCCCGGUACCUUACACGACGUGCAGAAUUUCACAUCGAUGAGGCCAGAGUUUUGGUGUAUCCGCCCUUGGCAUGACCCAUCACGAUACCUCGCUCAAUACUCUUUGUUCUCUUUCCCAGAGGACGAUUUAUUGACAUCACUGAUUGACCUGUACUUUACGCGCGUCAACAUCUUUUUCCCUCUGCUACACCGACCAACUUUGGAGAGAUCGGUAAUAGAUGGACGUCACUUCAAAGACGCCUCGUUUGCUGCUGUCCUACUGGCCGUAUGUGCGGUGGCGUCCAGAUACUCAGACGAUCCUCGAGUAUUAGUUGACGAAACCUCAAAGCUGUCGAGUGGUUGGAAGUGGGCGAAUCAAGUUAUUGGUAUGAACAGGGCCUAUCCCGGAAUGAAUGCGCCUUCUCUGCUUGAUGCGCAACUUUGCUGUCUCCUUGGUUAUUUCGUGUUAGGAUCAUCAGUGCCACACCAAGCCUGGAUAACCGUGGGCAUAGGCCUCCGAAUAGCACAGGAUGCAGGUGCCCAUAGGAAACGGCCCGGCGACCGUACAAAAGCUGCGGAAGGAGAGCUAUGGAAACGCGCUUUUUGGUGCCUAGUGAGUAUGGACAGAUUACUCAGUUCAGCACUAGGUCGCCCGUGUAUGAUCUAUGAUGAAGAUAUCGAUGUUGCCCUGCCGACUGAGUGCGAUGACGAAUACUGGGAACAUUCGGACCCUCAGCAGAUGUUCACGCAACCAGCAGGACAACCCUCCGCAGUAUCAUAUUUCAAUUACCAUCUGCGAUUAACCCGCUUGCUAGUGAUCUGUUUACGAACAAUCUACUCCAUCCGCCACUCCAAAGUCAUACUCAAACUGCUAGACGAAAACUGGGAACAACAAAUCGUUGUGGAGCUCGAUUCGGGACUGAAUAAAUGGAUGGACUCCCUCCCGGAACACCUGCGAUGGGACCCGGCCCGAGAGAACCUCAUGCAUUUCAACCAAUCCGCUGCACUACAUCUUUCGUACUACCACGUACAGAUGCUGAUUCAUAGACCUUUCAUCACGGCGCCAGAACAUGAUCCGUCAAAGGCCCGCUUUCCGUCUCUAGCCAUAUGCACCAACGCGGCCCGUUCUUACUCCCGGGUCGCUCAUAUCCAGAGCUGUCGGAGUGGAAUGAUAUUCCCUGUAGCUGGGUUAUUGACAUUCAACGCUGCGAUCGUCCUGCUAUUUAACAUGUGGGGAAAAAAUAGGCCUGAUGUCGGAUCCAGGAGGGAGAUGGACGACGUGCUAAAGUGCAUGGAAGUCCUUGCGGAUAUGGAAAACGGGUACCAUUAUGCAGGAUUACUGUCGGAUAUUCUCUAUGAACUGACUUCGGCAAAUUGUGAUGGGCCGUCAGACCCUCCAGUGUCAUCCACCGCAGCUGCAGCCCCCGAAUCGUCGACGAAUGGAGUAUGGCCAUUUAUUAUUAACCCACAAGCAGACAUACCUUCCCAACAGAGCUUUCCUUCCUAUGACCAUGGCAAGCUACUCAAUGACGACCUGACGCCCACCUCUUCUCUCUUGUGGACGAGCUCCGCAAACUUCAACAACGAUGGUACACUACCCAAUGCAUGCACGGAGCUGGACAGUGAUUGGGCUCGAUAUCUGAACAGCUGGACUUCAUGAAGAAACUCGGGAGAGAAGGCUUUGUGCACUGAGGUUAUCAUUGACUCCUGCGUUGCUGGGUUACUGGUUAGGCUUCCGGAUCGACUUUCUUUUAUCUUUAUGGUACCAAUCUGUCUUCUUUCUUCCCUUUA